CUUAAAGUAUACAAUUUGAUUGUUUUAAUAAUAAACAUAACUUAAUAGGUUUAAUUAUUUGUUUUUAAGUUACGUUGUAUCGUUAUGCCUCAUUCAAUGAAGGUAUUUUAGGAAUAUAUUGACUAUCUCGUGAAAUGACGGUAUCUGUCAUAAAAGUAAAUCAGCCGGAAGUGUUCAACCAUAUCUAAAUAUGACAGUAUAUAUAGUAUAAUAUUUCGAUCUAUGCAUAAAAUAGUAAAUGUUUCAGUAAUUUUAAUGAUAAUUAGAAUGUAUUUUUGUGAAAUGGCACUUUAAACGUACAGCAUUCAAUGUGUAGACAAUAUCGGAAAAGCGUGAAUUCGCGCGUGAAACGUAAUCUGUCGUCUGCUACUGUUGCAACGGAUGGGAUGAGAGGGAAACGUCUUUUUUUACUUUAAAAUUAUGACACAUUUUAAAUAUUUGUAUAUAUAUUACUGACUUUAAUUUGUUCAGGUAAAGAUUGGUUUAUAUGUAUAUUAUCAAAAUCUUUGUCAGCUUAUGACAUCUGUUUUCUUCUUUCGAUUUAUGCUUCAGGGAGCGUGAGAAAUAAAGUGUUUGGCUAUUCGCCGAUAAAUCAACAUGAAAAUUUGACCAUUUUCAAUGUGUACUGCAUUUUAACUUUAUCUUUAGAAUAACUGUAAGAUAACUUUGACAUAAGUUAUUGAUUUACAAUAAUUGUGGUAUCAGGAUAAAUAAAUAAGGAUGACUACGGAAGAAAACAAUUGUAGCAGGUGACAGCUAAAAUUCGGAUGACUUCGGAGAAUACCAAUUCUAAUUAUUGGAGUCAAGAUGAGACAGACUCCGGUGAUGACGUAACUGUGAUUGAUGGACCAAUGAAUGAAGAUUUUGUUGAGAUGGAGUUACGGCCUUACAGAUACAUGGUUGGCGGACAUAGCUACGUCCUUGAAGUGUCAAGGUCUGCGGUGUGCAAAAAUUAUAGACAGAGGGAAUCUUUAUUCUACAAGAACAUGCCACAGGAGUUAAGGCCCUUUACACCGCAAUACCUAGGAGAAAUAAAUGUGAUAAUGUAUACGAUGGAUGGACGCAGACAGUUUAUAUCUAACAUUCCACGAAAUAUUGUUGACCAAUGCAAGCGUCUUGAACUACAAAGGGAUCGUACAGACGCAUGGACAAAAAGUGACGCCAUUGCUGUGUCUGAUAGUGACGUCAAGAAAUAUUGUACGAAAGAUGAUAACUCUUCGAGAUUUUGUAUGGAGCUGGAAGAAUGGAGUUACACGUGUUUAGAAAAAUAUAACAGGGCUGCCGGUACAUGGGAGGAUAAACAAUCCAAAAAAUUUAUAGUGAUGGAAAACUUGUUGUUUGGCUAUGACUGCCCAAGCAUCAUUGAUAUCAAGCUGGGUAAAUGUCCGAUGGUAGAUAGCACCAUGACCGGCAGUGAAAGUAUUUCAGAUGGGAAGAAUCAGAAAUUGAGAUUCCGUAUAGACGGUUACAAAAAAUUUGACAUGAGCACCGGAAGUUACGUCGUUUUGCACAAAGAUACAACACGUUAUUUUAACACAGAGCAAGUGAUUGAGGAAAUUGGGAACUUUUUUCACGAUGGUAGACGGCUCCGUACGGAUGUGAUUCAUAGAAUCGUUAACAAGUUAGACGAGUUGCUGUUAGUUUUAGGUCAAAAUAAUAGAUUGACAUUCCAAGCAGCCUCUUUACUCAUUAUGUUUGAUAACUCGAACAGUCUACAUGAUAAAAUUUCAGAUAAUGCGGAUUGUUUGAAAGCGAGUUACCCUAGGAAUGACACGUGCACGUGUUUCAAUAACGUUAAAUGUAACACGUGUAAUAAUAGACGAUGCUAUAAAUGUCUCAAAGCUGAUUCUUUCACAAAUCACCAAAAACGGAAUAUAUCCGACUGUGGUAAUAUAAUCACAAACUGCGCAUGCGUGACUUUGAAGGAACUUCCUGAAAGUUUACAAAAAGAUAGACACGAUGCAAAAUCUGAUGUGAAACUCAUUGAUUUUCUAAAAACUGACGAGUGCAGCCAUGUCGUGAAAGGGAUUGAUUCGGAAGUAUUGAAAUUGAAGCGAAUUUUGUUAAAUAUACCCGGAAACACAGGACUGUAAAUUCCUCACAAUGUUGUUUUAAUUAUCAUUCCAAAAGCUUUGAUAUCACAACUCCUUACAGAAAUUAUCACUAUAUGUAUUCUCAUAGAUACAUGUACAUGUAUUUGAAAGUAUACCUUUUUUAUAAUGUAAUAAAUAACUCGGGAAAAAAUAUUGGAAAAACUAUUACGGUCCUUUUGGCAGUACUGAGGCAAUAUGGUGUCAAAUAACAAUAUGUCGAUUUUUUCAUAUUAAUUUGGCCAGUGUUAAUAUUGUACUCAAAGAUAUUUAUUAUUCAGAAUCAGUGUAUUGCUUUCACUACUUGAAUAUUUAGAUCUGUGAACUUAGCUGCCUAGCGUCGUAAAGUUAGCGAUUUAGCGGCGUGAAGUUGGCUGCAUAGCGGCAUGAAGUUGGCGGUAUGGCGCCGUAAAGUUGGCGGUUCAUCAGCGUGAACUCAGCUGCCUAGCGGCGUGAAGUUAGGGGCCCGGCGGCGUGAAGAUAUUGAAUACCUCACUCAGGAAGCCUUCUUGUAUAUAGAACUAUUUCAGUGAUUUAAAACUACACAUUCCAUUCUGCUUAAGCAGAGGUUUAUUACAUCAUUCUGUAUUUAAUCAGAUUAUUGUUCUUUUACAUUUAUCUAUAGGUGUUACGUGUUACGUUUUUAUCUUUAUGUUUUUAAUAUAAUGAUAAUAUACAAAAUAAAGAAUUAAAAUUUCCA